AUUACCACAUUUCCUCAUAGUUCUCCUGAUUUUCAAGAGAAUAUAAGACAAACAAUAUAUAUGAAGCUCCUACAAUAUUGGAGUCUUGGUAAAAUUAAAUGGACAAUUUAGUUAAGCAAAGAAGAAGGGUGUCAUUUUCUGAGGAUAAACUAGCGGAUUUUCCAAGGUUAUCAGAAUUGGCCAUAAACGAUAAUCCAGCAUUAAACUGGCUGAAGAACCAGUCAUAUUGGUACGAAAAAAAUGACUGCUACAACGAGAAAGAGAGCGAAUUCGCAGCUUCUGUUGCGGCUGCUGCAUAUGUUAUUAGAUCAAUGGAGGAAGCCUAUGAAGAAAGGGCGAAAAGGAUAAGAGAUGAAAUUAAGAGGUCACGGACGAAGAAAACCAAACCCAUAAUACCUAAAACUGAAGUGAAGAGACUAAACAAAUUAUUUACUCAAGAGGUGAAAAUUGGAGAGGAGAGUUUCAGGAAAAAACCGUUGGAGUAUUCACCAGAACAUCGUCUAGCAAAAGACAUUGGCUCAUCCAUCAGAGCAUCAGGACUCGCUUCAGCCCCAAGUAAAGCAGAUUCUUGGGAAAAAACUCAAAUGAAUAAGAUUAGAUUAAGGUAUGAGAAAAUGAAAGCUGAAAUUGUGGGCUGGGAAAAUGAGAGAAAGUUAGCAGCUACACUUACAAUGGAGAAAAGAAAGAGUGAAUGGGAGAGGAGAAAAGAAAUAAACAAUCAGCAUUAUAAGUCAAAAUUAGCAAGGAUCCAACUAAUUGCUGAUGGAGCCAAGAAACAGCUCGAAGAGAAGAGGAAGAGCAAAGAAGCUCAAGUUCAAGAAAAAGUAAAGAAAAUGCGUCGAACCGGAAAAAAUUCCAUCAAUUAUUUCUGCUUUCGAUGUUACUAAAUCAACAUAUUAUGUUCUAUCAAUUAUAUUAUAUUUGUGGGGAUGUCUAUGAAUUAAGAUCGAGAACUCAAAUCAUAAAUAAAAAAAUAAGACUUCUGUAUAUAUAUGAUCACCACGAUGCAUAUUAUUGAAUUUUUUUGUUCUUUUCUCU